UAACUGGAAGUCGCAACCGGGGGACCCACUCAGUCACCACGAGAUCGGCAAGCCGAAUGGUCUACCGCGCCGGUGGUUCUUCUGGAGAGUUUGCAAAGAGUCACUGGGAGCUCCAACAGGGCAAUUCUAGAUUAGACGCACACUGUCCUGCGAAUGUCAACGGGCAGGACCAUCCGCAGCUACCAGGAUCUUACCGUGACGCAGGUGAACAGCCGAUCGCGUUACGUCAAUUGCAUCCUGACGGAAAGCAAGCCGAUCGAGUACGAAACUUAUCUCGCGGAAACUCUGACAAUGUGGAGAUUUCUAGUGCGCUGUUAUGUCACUUUGACAUCCAUCUGACGCACAAUAACUUCGGUGCAUUUCUCGCGAUUUGGACUCCUGGGUGUCCCGAAGAUUCCGAUAUCUUCGCGUGACAGUUCGUCGCCCGGCGACGGUGGACGAUAACGAACAAUAACAGCAUCAUUUUCGGAGCAAUUCCAAUCACCGAUUCGUGGAGGGAUCGCGAGUGCGCAAGUGGAUGCGGAAUCAAUCAUCCGGAGCAGCCGAGGACUUUCCUGCAGGAGGACGAGGAAGAGAUGAUCUUCGAUCUGCUGGUGGCCGGAGCCUUCGCCCUCGCCACACUAAGGCGGUAUUCGGUGGCACAAAUAAUUGCUUUCUUCUUCAUCCUGCACUUGGAGUUGAACUCGGUUUCAGGAAUCUGCGAGCAACCGAUUCCCGUAGAGUGUAAUACUACGGAUGUAAUACCCUGGAUACGACCUUGCGGUAUUGUGCUGACGACCGAGACGGCAAUUCGGCAGCAGCAGCAGCCGCAGCAGCGGCACAGCGUUCACAGAUCCUUGAAGAAAGUGCGAAUGAAGAUGCGCAUCGCACAUUACUCCUACAUGUGUUUCAAAAAGGAGAGGCAGGAACUAUUCAAGUAUAUCAUAAAUAAGAAAAGAAGGAAGUACAAAUUUGAUUGGUUGCCCAAGGAGCAGCUCACGUGGUACUGUAAACAAAUUCUGUGCCUGGAAAAGGAGAAGAAACCUCAGCAUUUUCUUCCAUAUUUGUACGAUAAUCUUCAAAAGUUUGCCAUUACGUUCCAUGAACUUGAAAAAUUUCGUCUCGAUUCAAUCUCCACCGGAGAUAAUGAGAGCAUACACAUUCGGGACUGGAUGAUUGACGUAACAUUUAAUCAGAUCCUUCAGAUGCUGUGCGAAGUCGAGAAUGCUAUGUAUAAUUUGCAAAUCGAUCUUCCUCCUCCGAAUAAUACAACGAUAACAUCCGAAUUAGCUAAAGAAGGCGGUAUAAGUCGAAUGCUGGUUCAAGACUGGGUAGUGUUGAAAAUAUACGAGAAAUUUUUGAAUGAUUGGUCAUUAGGAAUGCGCAACGCUUUAAAUGUGACGAUACCCAAUACUUGCAAAAUUAAAUCACUCAACGGAACACAUACAGAGAAUUCUGAACAGUGUAUUCUUAAGCCUAGAAGACCUAAAAAAUGGUUGAAAAUGAAAAAAAGGGCCAAAACGAUAAAAAAGAAAAAUUCACGUGGUCGAAAUAGUUCCUCGAAUCGAAUAUUGAGAAGCAGACUAAUUAAAUUGAACUAAUUAAAAAAAAUUUGUACACGAAAGAGUAUACAUAAUAUUUCGAGACUCUCUAAUUUAUUAUACUAUACAACUAUUUCGAAUCUUUGCAUUUGAAAAUAGAAAAAUUUUAAGCAGCAGGAAGCUAAGAUAAGCCUUUAUUUUUAUACAUAGAGUCAUUUUUAUAUUUUUUUGCGUUUAAUCGACAAGAUCUGCUGAUCGUUUAAAGGCACCGCUCUUUACAGUAUCGAACAUAUACUUAUAUCAUAGUAACAUAACUUCGAUAUUUAUUCCAUCAUCGCGAUCAUUCAUUCAGAUAUAUAUAGUUUUACUCGUUUAAUAUUCCGUAAGUUCGUCAAUAGAGAAACGUGCCUGAUAUUGUGUUAAGAUUAGAUAUCUCAACAGCCGUGAACAACAUUUGCUUAAUUUAAUAAAUAUCUUUCGAAUAAUAUCAACAGGUUCUGAUUAUGGUAAUACGAAUAUUUUGUCGAUAACACGGCGUACUAGAGACCACAGUAUUAAGAGAUCUACUUCAGAACAGUAUUAUAUAUCUAAUAACAUACACACAGAAUAUCGACAUGGCCGAUAACACUGAUAAAAAUGUUUUGAAACACCCAAUGCAUAUUCUCGAAUCGAUUAGAUUCAGGAAAUAUUGGUCCAGUAAAUUAUAGCCACGGUUAAAUGCACUUAAAACUCGUAAUCAUAUCGUGCGUAUGCAAAAUGGCAUAUCAAAAGCCCAUUUUCAUUCUCAGGCACUCGGCUAUCCGAAGACAACGAAAAAUAUAUCAUAAAAAUAUGUAUUGGAAAAAGAGAGAAAGAGAUGGAGGUACAAGAAAAAGAAUACAAUUUUAUGAAUGCAUUUUGCACGUUCGAUCGGCCGUCUUACACAUAUUUAUAUCAAUAUGCUAACAUAAAUUAUGAAGCUUAUGAUCAAAACGGUUUGUUAUACGGACACGAGACUCGAUUAAUUAAAUUAAGUUGACGAAAAUCUGCUAUAUGCAGAUAUCGAUAGCAUGUGAAGGGAUCAACGAUGAAUUUUUAGGCUGUUCGUGAAACCUAUUUAUUCUAGCUUUACUUGCAUACCUAAGCGGAUGGCGAGCUUAAAUAUUGUUUAGCUGUGAUAUCCCGAGUGUACACGAAUGUACAGAGUUCCUACGUUUAUAUAUAGACGGAUGUAUGUGCACGCAUACGUAUAAAUAUAACAGUGUCAUGUAUUGAUGCGUACCGAGAUAUUUAGACGUAGAUGAUUCUCUCUUUUUUUCCGAUGUCUACUAUAGAAUCUCGCCUUAUCGUGCGAACACAUGACAAUUUUAUUUUUUAGUUAAUCCGUUAAUUUUAACACAUGCGAGAAAUUUUAGCGGAAUCGAAGUUCGAGGAUUCUGAUUUCUUUUCGAUCUCACGAUUUCUUUCGUCUCCCUUUAAAUCAAAUAUGAUCAAAAGCGGUAAUAAAGAAUUGUUAUGAAUUUUGAAUGCAGAGAAUCAUUUGAGCGAGUUGAUUUUUCCUGAGCACCAACAUGUGUGACAAGAUCCUUUAUAUGAUAGAUUAAAAUAUAUAUUUAUGUGCGUAAAUAUAUAUUUAUGUCCGAUGUUUUUUAUAUUGAAAUUAUACUUAAAUACGUUAAUAUUUUAGCGUUACAUAUAAUUUUGUAUUACUUAUGGAUGUGUGCCGCGACUCAAAUUAAGUAUUCGUAGACGUACACUUAUUGUUAAACUCUUAAGUAUACAUUAUGCAUUUUAUCCAGUAUAGAUACGUAACAUAUUUAUUCGUUUGUAUACUUAUACAUUAGCGUUCUCUGUUUUAUUUAUUGUACACCAUGUUACCAUUGCAUAUACUAUUUAUUGUCAUUCUUUUACUUGUAUGUAAUCGUCUCGAAUAAACUUCGUAUUUUGUAUCGAAUUGAAGUUUGGAUGACGAAGAUACCUUAAUAAUUUACAUAAUUUAAUUUAGCGAUAUUGUAAAAAAUGCUCAUAUUGCAUGAAUGUGCAAAAGCGAACAUUUGACCGGAAAUACCAGGAGUAUAUAAGGGAUCCCCGUUCCUUUUAGUGUUGGUUAUAUUUAUAUAAUGUAUAAUA